UAAAAUAUAGCUCCACCCACCGAGCCUCAAUAGGUUAAAAUGAGCACACCAGCGCACUCUCGGCCGCCAUGACAUGCAGAUGCCAUGCUGAUUACAAGAUUCCGUAAUGGCUGGGGGGCGCCCAGAACCCCUUGGAUGGAAGAAAUUAAGCGCCCGUCGCUGUUCAAGCGUUAGCGCCACCCACUUUUCCAGAAUCCUAGGCGGCGCAGCCAGAUUCAAACAGUGAUUGCAGAAAAUGUCUGUUGUUAUAGUAAUUAAAUUGUUAAAAAUUUCCGGGUGUUAUUGUAGGUACGUAUGCUUAGCAGUAGCUGUUGUUUAGAUGGACAUUGAGCUAAGGGUGAAUUCACACCAUGUGAAAAAUUUCUGUGUGUGGGAAGUAGACUGCCUACUUGCAUUAUGCUGAAUAAACACUGCUAAAAGAUUUCAUGUAAUUUUAAAGACGCAAUAGUUAAUCCCAACUUUUACGAUGUAUUCUAGAUUUUCCUUUCACUGCAAUCUAUUCAAAUAUUUUAAUUUUACGUACGGCCUGGUGUAUGGCUUCUCUAAGCAGUUUUGACUAAAUUAAUACGUAAUUUAUAUGUAAUUGUUACAAAUCCUUCAUUAGCAUUACCUACUCCUAUUAUUUCUGUACAUGUACACAUUUGAAAGGCAUGACAACGUCACUGUUUUCAGGUAUACCACAGACCAAUGAUGUAUUAAGUGAAUGUGGGAAGGUGAUGUGAGGUUUCAAAAGCAGAGAUAAAACGCAUCUGAGAAUACGCUGUGAAGAGGCUGAGGACCUAAUGCAGGCGCGUCCCAAAUAGAUUCUCUCUGCCCGGUAAAUAGGUUGCACGAGAACCUCCGAACCCCACAAGAUUGUAACUGCGCACUUUAUCUCUACAAUUGAAAUAAUUAAUCGCAUUUUUUAAAUCACUUAAUCUCCCCUUAACCUCCGUGGCAAUGAGGAGUACUUGUGCGCUGUUGCCUUUGACAUACCUGGCUACCAACUUGCAGAAUUCGCGAGCUCGAGUGUACAAUGACUCGUUGUUUGAGAGAAUUGCUGAAGCUGCUGCGAACAGGUCAAGUUUUUACACUUUGGACGACAACACUUUGGCCGAUUUGCAGUUUCUGAUCGGAAAGAAGAAAUAUGGUGCAGAAUCUCAGAAUCCGACCAUCAAAUCUCUAUUAAUCAUAGCUUACUCAUUCAUUAUAAUCAUCUCCCUCUUUGGAAAUAUUCUCGUUUGCCACGUCGUGAUAAAAAAUAAAAGGAUUCAUUCUGCCACAAGUUUGUUCAUCGUGAAUCUGGCUAUCGCUGACAUCCUUAUUACCCUCCUCAACACCCCAUUCACUUUGGUGCGUUUUGUGAACAGUACCUGGGUAUUCGGAAAAGGCAUGUGCCACAUCAGUAGAUUUGUGCAGUAUUGCUCCUUACACGUGUGCACACUCACAUUGACUGCCAUAGCACUGGAUAGACGGCAGGUUAUUUUACAUCCAUUAAAGCCAAGAAUGUCCACAAUGCGAGGCGUAGUCUGCAUUGCAGUGAUUUGGUUGAUGGCUACCUGUUUUUCCCUCCCCCACGCAAUCUACCAGAAGUUAUUCACAUUUGUGUACAGCAAAGACAUACUGCGCUGUCUGUGUCUCCCAGAUUUCCCUGAGCCCUCAGAUCUCUACUGGAAGUACAUUGACCUGGCGACUUUCAUACUGUUGUACAUGCUACCACUCCUCAUCAUAACUGGGGCCUACACCACCGUGGCCAAGAGGUUAUGGCGGCGAAAUGCCAUCGGUGAUGUAACCACAAAGCAGUAUUUUGCCCACCGAAAGAAGAAGAAGAAGACAAUCAAGAUGCUGAUGGCAGUGGUUGCAGUGUUUGCCAUCUGCUGGUUCCCCCUCAACUGCUAUGUGGUGCUUAUCUCUAGCCAGGUCAUCCACACAAGCAAUGCCCUCUACUUCUCCUUCCACUGGUUUGCCAUGAGCAGCACCUGCUACAACCCAUUUAUCUAUUGCUGGCUCAAUGACAGUUUCCGUGCUGAGUUGAAGUACCUGGCGGGCAUGUGCCGGAAGACCCCGUGCAGGGCACCAAUGCGCUCGCAGCCCACCACAGCCCCCAUUCACCGUGUUGCAUGGGCUGAGAGCCAUGCUGCCUCCUCUCACACCCAGGCAAAGGAGAGUCAUGGCCUGCACUCCACCUCCCACACCCAAUCCGGUAAAACGGACAUCCUCUCUGUGGAGCCCAUCGUGGCUGUCAGCUAAAUCUCCCAGAUGGUGGCUGCCAGAUGAAGACCCCUCCUCUAUUCAUCUACCUUCAAAUAAACUGCCCCAUGCAUCCUUAUUGUCAAAAAAUUCACAUUGACUGCACAACAUGGGUUGAGGGUCACAGUUUGAGUCAUUUAUAAUGAUAUAUGUUCAUAUAUAUGCACACUGUCCCACAGCCAUAUCCCUCUGAGGCAUUUCCUGCUAUACUGCUGAAGAAUCGUACAGCUGGGCAUUGUUACUUGAUUGUGGGAACUGGAAGUACUAGGCUGCUUUUCCUGGAAGUAAUCUUUGUACUGGACCAAGUAGGAAAUAAAUUCAGUUUUCUACCACAACAAAAGUGAUAUUGUGCUGUAGUCAGUAUAUUUUGGAAAAUAUUUUUAUCAAGGUCUUGAUUCAUCAUGGUAUGUAAGGCAGAAUGUGAAUGUCAAGUAUUCCAAAGCAUUCCAUUACAUUUACAUUACAGGCAUUUAGCAGACGCUCUUAUCCAGAGCGACUUACACAACUUUUACAUAGCAUUUUUACACUGUAUCCAUUUAUACAGCUGGAUAUAUAGUGAAGCAAUUUCGGUUAAGUACCUUGCUCAAGGGUACAACGGCAGUGUCCUACCCGGGAAUCAAACCUGCGACCUUUCGGUUACAAGCCCAGUUCCUUACCAACUGUGCUACACUCCAUCCUUCUAUUCAAAAACUUCUAUUCGUUGUAAGCACUGCAAAAUGUAAUUUCACCAUCCGUGGAUAUAUCCAGAUAUCUGUUUGUCACCUGUCAUGCAGACAACCUUCAGGAUUUUUCCUGUUUUGUAAAAUCUUUGGUGGGCUGCACAAAUACAAUUUUGAGGUGGCAAAUGAAAAAAUUAGAAAGUUUAAUUUAAAUCUACUCGAAGAUUACAUUUUAAUAAAAUCCUGUUUUAGAUCUGCACAAGAGUGAACUGUGGUGUGAUGAAGUCAGCCACCCUCACAGGGCGCAUAUUACUCGAUCAGAAGUCAGGACAAAUGGGGCCGGGCAGUCAAUGUGGCAUCAGAUGCCAAACCAUCUGUAUAGAGCACUUUUUUCACAGUCGUUACAGUUUUGUGGCAGAGGUUUGGCAGGUGAUGUGCAAAAGCAUAUAUAAGUACAGACAACAACCAUACUAUUUUUUCUUGAACUGUCUGUCUAUUAAACAAGUGCGGUGUUGGAAAUUUCCUGGCAACAGAGAGAAGUGGAUGAGAAAAGCAUCUACUCGACCAUAUUCAUCAAGCUAGUGAGUCAUAUUCAUUAAGCCAGUCUAGCUAGCCAAUGCAGAUCUGAAGAGUAGCCUAGAUCAGUGGUUCCCAACCUUCGGUCCUGGGGGACGUUUGUGUAUGCUGGUUUUCAUUCCAACCACAGUUGAAUUCCAGAAUUUUAACAAGCGAGGUACUUUGCAUGUUUAGAGGGAUGAUUUAUUCUCUUCAGUGACAUUAUGUCGGAAAUAGCUACACAUGCCACAAAGGAUAAAAAUCCCAUGUUCACAUUGUGCUAAUUGUGCUAUAUUGCACACAAUUACAUAAAAAGGAUAAAUACAUUUUUAACUGAUCAAAUUAAAGACUGAGGACAAUCAAAAGGCUCCCAAUUGCGUUGUUGAACACCUGUCUUCAAGGUCUUUCAUAAUUUUUAAUUCCUUAAGUUUAUUAAAACAAUGCAGGUUUGGCUUGUUAUCAUUUGCUUGGUCUUUUAAUUCUUCAUUACUACAAAAUGGAAGGUUUGGUGCCCAUGUGUCCUUACUUUCACCAAUUAGGAGCACAUUGAUUCACCUCAGCCUUUAAUUUGAUCAGUUAAAUAAUUGUGUUACCUCUUUAUGUAAUUCUUUGCUAUACUGCACACUAAGCAAAAUAUGUUAAUGUUCUCACAUGAGAGUUUGUGUUUCAUUUAUUAAUGCAGACUGAUAUUUCAGUAAAAUUAAAGUUGAUUCAGUUUCAUUUGAAUCAUUCACCUUCAUUGGUCUUGGGCUUGUUCUACCAGAGAGAGGGUGGGUUUGACUGUGUAACAUCCACUUAAACUACGAGUGCAGAGAGCAAAUAUCGAUUGUCCAAUCUACAGUCCACAUCCCAAUGCACCAAAUCAGAGCAUGGUUACCAUCUGUGAUGUAUUCAAUUGUUAAAUAUUCUGUCUAGUAUGGACAUCACAUCAAUACAGUGAGUACUAUAAGAAAAUGUAAUUAAAUUAAAACAGGGAAGGGAGUGGGGAUCUAUGAGGUCAGAGGUCAGAGGAGUGUUCUGACUGAUUUAAAAAAAAAAAAAACCUGUUGCUACUAUGUUCAUUGCCUUAGCUCUGUAUUUGCUGAUGUGCUUUUUAAUAUGGAAGAAAUGACAUAAUUUACUUAACCACUUCUGAAAUGCAGUUGAUGGCCAUUUUACUUUCAGCAUUCAAUAGGGUUGCCAACUUCAUGCAAAUUAAAUCCUGUAGCAAAAAGCUUUUUCUGUGCUAUUGCCCUUAUUGCCCACAGACAAUGUACAGAAUUACAUGGCAGCAAUAGUAUAUCUUGCAUGUAUUGUCAUUCAACCAUCACUGCCAUGCACACAUUGCUGACUGCAAAAGAUUGUUGAAUAACUGUAAGAAAGAAGACAAAUACACAACAAUAGCCUUAUUUAUUAUAACUGAAGACCUAUGCUCAGGAAAAUCUUCAAUAACAACUAUCACUGUGUCUGUGUGCAGUGGUGCUUCUGAUUGGCUCGAACUGUAACAUGAUUCCUCUAUCAACCAAUCAGGUAUUCAUAACUAAAAUACGUGUUGAAUUUUGUGUUUGUCAACACAAAACUGCAGUGGACUGCAGGACUGCAGUGGCUUAAUUAAAAUAAGAUUUAUUUAAUAAUAACAAAGAAUAGGAUAGAAUUUAUUGCAUCGAGGACCCAGUUAAAACCCAGUUACCCAGGAUAAACAGCAGUCGGAUUGGAUUAAAUCUGAAAAUUGGAUUUUUCAAAAAGGAUAAAUGAGAUUCUGAUCCCUCAGAUUGGGAUUUGUAUUUGGUGUUCCAAUCCUACCUUUAACUGAGCUUAAAUCUUUUUGCAUUUUUCAAAUCUUAAAGGCUCAUCAGAAUGGUUUUGAUGCCAAAGAUUCAGAUAAUCUUGAUCCUAAUGGAAGGGUGGAUUCAGGGCUAAUUUAGGACCCUUAUUGUUAAAGGAACAGUGUUGUAACUGGUGAUAAUUUGUGGAGAAAAAACAGAAGUCAAAGCUAUAACGCUAAUAAUGGAUCAACACAAUUUGAUGAUUCUCAGAAAUGUCUUUAUUUCAAUUUUUCAGUAUGUUGCUUGAAAGAACCAGCAGAGAAAUGGGGAAUAUUGUUUGGAUUUAUUUUCCCCAUUGAAGUAGACAUUGAUUUCUAUCUUUCAACUUCUCUGUACUGUACACUUGUGCAAAUAAAUAGAUGAUAUAAGUAACAAACAUUUUAAGUGGUUCUUUAAUUUUUCCAUGAACAGGCAUGCUGUUAUUAUUUGGUCCAACAGAUGGCAACAUAGAGGUUGAUUAAAUGACUGAAAAUCUAGUUUUUAAAAUAUUGAUCUUGCGGUAUCUGGAUUAGAAUGAUCCUUUCUGAAAAUGUUCUGAAAAUCUUAUUCUAAAUCAGUAGGAUCAAUCUGAUCCUGGAUUGAAGAAAGGAGAAUAUAAUUAUUUGGAUAUCUGUGAUCCAGAUUAAAAGUUUUGAAAAAGUGGGCCCAGGAGAUCUUGGCCAAUUCCAGGAGUCUCCUGGCCAAUCCUUGAUAGUUGGCAACCCUAGUAUUCAGUGAUGUGUAUUUUGCCUGGAUAUACAAAAACAAGGUAUUCAUUGGCAAAUGAGUCCUUAUUUUGUAUGUGGGUGUUCUGUGAUUAUUUUGUUGUCUUUUUGCUUUUAAAAAUGUGGAAGUGAAGGCUUACAAACAUUUAAGCUGUUUUAAAGUCAGUUACAUGUAAUUUGUCAAAAAGGAUAUAUUUAUAGAAAAUGUGUCCAUCAGAAGAAUUCAUGCGGGGUUUUUUUCUUGUAUUUUGUCAUGUUUGUGAAGCUCUUGUGAAAAUGUGUAAAGCUGUUGUGUAAGUUCCAUCAAGGAUUAUGUAGUGUUCAUAUUAUGCAUUAAUAAAACACAAUCAAGCAA